UCAUGCCUGUAAUCCCAGCACUUUGGGAGGCCGAGGCAGGUGGAUCACAAGGUCAGGAGUUCGAGACUAGCCUGGCCAAUAUGGUGAAACUCCGUCUCUAAUAAAAAUACAAAAAUUAGCCGGGCGUUGGCAUUUGCCUGUAGUCCUAGCUAUUCGAGAGGCUGAGGGAGGAGAAUUGCUUGAACCUGGGAGGCAGAGGUUGCAGUGAGCCAUUGUGCUAGUGCACUCCAGCCUGGGUGACAGAGUGAGACUCUGUCAAAAAAAAAAAAAAACCCAAAAAACCUCACAAGUAUUAGGAGGUCCUUGGACACACAAGUAGACAAGCACUCAUGUUGAAAAGUAGUUCCAUUAUACCUUUUGAAAAUAAAGGGAGUCACAGUAGUAUUUGUUCAGAUUUUAAAAAUUUUGAAUACUCUUAACAACAUUAACUUAUUGUUUUCAGGGGGUGCUAAUUUUCCUUGUCAUCUUUGAAUAGUUUUAUGGGAUUUGAUAUUUUUUAAAAUCAUUUCUCCCUUAUAUAAGUGUAUGUGCAUGUAUGUAUAUCUAUAUAUUUUCCACAUAUCUUUUAUAUUAUUUAAUUUUUAAAAUACCUGUCAGUUUAACAUAUUACUUUAUUCUUUCCCUUAAAAAUAGCUAUUUCAUUCUGAAUAUCACCAAAAAAAAAAAAAAUUCAAAGACCAAGCAGUAUUCCUUCUGUGAUUUUUUGGUGUUCACAUAUUGUACAUAAUAAGGGGUUCAAUUCAACAAGAGGAGUUAACUAUCCUAAAUAUAUAUGCACCCAAUGUUGGAGCACCCAGAUUCUUAAAACAAUGAUUUCUAGACGUAUGAAAAGACUUAGAGAGCCAAACAAUAGUAGUAGGAAACUUCAACACCCCAUUGACAGUGUUAAACUGACCAUUGAGGUAGAAAACUAACAAGAAAUUUUGGACUUCAAUUUGACACUUGACCAAUUGGACCUAAUAGGCAUCUAGAGAACACUUCACUGAUCAGCACAGAAUAUACAUUCUUCUCAUCUGCACACAGAACAUACUCCAAGAUUGGCCACAUGCUCAGACAUAAAGCAAGUCUCAAUACAUUUUAAAAAGUUGAAAUCAUACCAACCAUACUCUCAGACCACAGUAGAAUAAAAAUAGCAAUACCAAGAAGAUCUCCCCAAAUCAUGGAAUUACAUGGAAAUUUAAAAACUUUCUCCUGAAUGACUUUUGGGUAUGAUGAAAUUAAGGCAGAAAUUAAAAAAAUUUUUUUGAAAUAAAUGAAAACAGAGAUACAACAUACCAAAAUCUCUGGAAUACAGCAAAAGCAGUGGUAAGAGGGAAGUUUAUAGCACUAAAUACCUACUUCAAAAAGUUAGAAAGAUGUAAAAUUAACACUCUAACAUAACACCUGGUGGAACUAGAAGAACAAGAACAAAAUCCCAAAACUAGCAGAAGAAAAGAAAUAACUAAAAUCAGUGCAGAACUAACAAAAUUGAGGCCCAAAAAUCCACACGAAGAAUAAGUGAAACCAAAAUUGGUUUUUUGAACAGAUAAACAAGAUCGAUAGACAACUAGCUAGACUAAAAAAGAAAAAGAGAGAGAAAAUCCAAAUAAGCACAAUCAGAAAUGACAAAGGCGACAUUACAACUGAUCCCACAGAAAUACAAAAGAUCCUCUGAGACUAUUAUGAACACCUCUAUGCACACAAACUAGAAAAUCUAGAAGAAAUUGAUAAAUUCCUGGAAACACGCAAUCUCCCAAGAUCCAACCAGGAAGAGAUUGAAACCCUAGCAGACCAAUACCAAGUUCCAGAAUUGAACCAGUAAUGAAAAAUCUACCAACCAAGAAAAGACCCAGACCAGAUGGAUUCACAACUGAAUUCUAUCAGACUUACAAAAAAGAGCUGAGCAAUUUUACUGAAACUAUUCUAAAAAUUCACAGAUGAGGGACUACUCCGUAACUCAUUUUAUGAAGCCAGCAUCACCCUAAUACCAGAACCUGGCAAAGACACAACAAAGAAAACUACAGAACAGUAUCCCUGGUGAAUAUAGAUACAAAUAUCCUCAGCAAAAUGUAAGCAAACUGAAUUUAACAGCACAUCAGAAUUUAGUUUACCAUGAUUAACUUGCCUUAAUUCCUGGGAUACAAGGUUGGUUCAACAUACACAAAUCAAUAAAUGUGAUUUACACAUAAAGAGAAUUAAAAAUAAAACCAUAUGAGUAUAUCAUUAGAUGUGGGAAAAGCCUAUGAUUAAAUCCAACAUCCCUUCAUAAUAAAAACCCUCAACAAAAUAGGCAUUGAAGGAACUUACCUAAAAAUAAUAGGAACCAUCAAUGACAAACCCAUAGCCAACAUUAUACUGAAUGGGCAAAAGAUGGAACCAUUCCCCUUGAAAACUGCAACAAGACAAGGAUGCUCACUUUCACCACUCCUAUUCAACAUAGUACUGAAUUUCUUGCCAGAGCAAUGAUGCCAGAAAAGGAAAUAAAAAGUAUCCAAAUAGAUGGCCACACAAAAAGUAAAUUCCUAGGAAUACAUCUAACUUAUCUAACCAAGGAGGUGAAAGAUCUCUGUAAGAAGAAUUACAAAACACUGCUGAAAGAAAUCAUAGAUGACACAGAAAAAUAUGACAUGCUUAUGGAUUGAAAUAAUAUAGUUAAAAUGGCCAUACUCCCCAAAGCAAUCUACAGAUUUGACACUAUUUCUACCAAACUAUUAAUGUCAUUUUUCAUAGAAUUAGAAAAAAUAUUUUAAAAUUUAUAUUAAAAAGCCUGAAUGGCCGAAACAACCAUAAGCAAAAAGAACAAAGCUGGAGGCAUCACAUUACUUGACUUCAAACUAUACUGUAAGGCUACAGUAACCAAAACAGCAUGAUACUUGUACAAAAAAGGAAUAUAGACCAAUGGAACAGAAUAGAGAACACAGAAAUAAAGCCACACACCAAUAGCCAUCUGUUCUUUGACAGACAGACAAAAUAAGCAAUUGGGAAAGGACUCCGUAUUUAAUAAAUGGUCCUAGGAUAGUUAGCUAGCAAUAUGCAGAAUAAUCAAAGUGGACCCCCACCUUUCACCAUAUACAAAAUUUAACUCAAGAUGAAUCAAAGAUUUAAACAUAAGACUUCAAACUGUAAGAAUCCUAUGAGAAAACCUAGGAAACACCAUUCUGGACAUCUGCCUUAGGAAAGAAUUUAUGACUAAGUCCUCAGAAGCAAUUGCAACAAAACCAAAAAUGGACAAGUGGGACCUAAGUAAACUAAAGAACUUCUGCACGGCAAAAGAAACUAUCAACAGAGUAAAUAGACAACCUAGAGAACAGGAGAAUAUAUUCAUAACCUAUUCAUCUGACAAAGGUCAAAUAUCAAGUAUCUAUAAGGAACUUAUUUCAACAAGCAAAAAACCAAUAAUCCCAUUAAAAAGUGGUCAAAAAACAUGAACAGACACUUCUCAAAGGAAGACAUACAAGCAGUCAACAAACAUGAAAAAAUGCUCAACAUUGCUAAUCAUCAGAGAAAUGCAAAUCAAAUCCACAAUGAGAUACCUUAUUAUACCAGACAGAAUUGUUAUUAUUAAGAAAUUAAAAAACAGCAGAUACCAGCAAGGCUGUGGAGAAAAGGGAACACUGCCACUGUGGAAAGCAGUUUGGAGAUUUCCCAAAGAACUUAAAAUAGAACUACCAUUUGACCCAGCAAUCCCAUUAUUGGGUAUAUAACCAAAGGAAAAUGCACACAAACUAGAAAACCUAGAGGAAAUGGAUAAAUUUCCAAAAAAACAUGACCUCAUGUGUUAAUCACAGCAGUAUUCACAAUAGUAAAGACAUGGAAUCAACCGAGAUGCCCGACAGUGGUGGACUGGAUAAAGGAAAUGUGGUACAUAUAAACCCUGGAAUCAAAAGGAAUACCCAGCCAUAAAAAGGAACAAAAUCAUGUCCUUUGCAACAACAUGGACACAGCUAGAAGCCAUUAUUCUAAUCGUAGUAAUGCAGGAACAAAACCAAAUACCACAUGUUCUCACUUAUAAGUGGGAGCUAAAUGUUAAGUAUUCAUGGACAUAAAGAUGGCAACAAUAGUCCCCCAGGGGACUAAUAGACAAGAGAGGGAGGCAAGGAGAAACUAACCAUUGUUUACUAUACUCACUAUCUGGGUGACUAGAUCAUUUGUAUCCCAAACACAGCAUCGUGCAAUAUACUCAUGUAAGAAACCUUCACAUGUAUCUCCUGAAUCUAAAAUAAAAGUUGAAAUUAUAAAAAUAAAAAUAUUUUUAUAGUCAAUGAAGAAAAUUUGUAUAAUAGAGAAAAAUAUAGAAAUUAAAUAAAAUUGAAUAAAAGAAUCACCAUGUCAAGGAGAGAAUGGAGCAAGAUGGUAGAAUAGUUCUCACCAGUGAUUGUCCUUCUAUAAAAACAUCUAUUUGAAUAACUAUCCACAAAAAGAUAUUCACAAGAGCUAAGAAAACCAGGUGAUAAAUCACAAUACCUGGUUAUAGCAUAAUAAGAAAAGAGGCCAGGCAUGAUGGCUCAUACCUGUAAUCCUAAUGCUUUGGGAGGAUGAGGUGGGAAGAUCACUUGGGACCACGAGUUCAAGACCAUCCUGGGCAACAUAGCAAGACCAUAUCACUACAAACUACAAAAAAAAAAAGUAAAAGUUAGCCGGGUGGUAUGUGCUUGUGGUCCAAGCUACCCAGGAGGCUGAGGUGGGAGGAUUGUUUAAGCCCAGGAGUUCAAGGCUGUCUCUGUCUCCUUCAGUUUUACUCUGAUCUUAGUUAUUUCUUGUCUUCUGCUAGCUUUUGAAUUUGUUUGCUCUUGCUUCUCUAGUUCUUUUAAUUGUAAUGUUAGGGUGUCAAUUUUAGAUCUUUGCUGCUUUCUUGUGUGGGCAUUUAGUGCUAUAAGUUUCCCUCUAAACACUGCUGUAGCUGUCCCAGAGAUUCUGGUAUGUUGUGUCUUUGUUCUCACUGGUUUCAAAGAACUUAUUUAUUUCUGCCUUAAUUUUGUUAUGUACCCAGUAGUCAUUCAGGAGCAGGUUGUUCAGUUUCCAUGUAGUUGUGCAGUUUUGAGUGAAUUUCUUAAUCCUGAGUUCUAAUUUGAUUGCACUGUCGUCUGAGAGACUGUUUGUUAUGAUUUCCAUUCUUUUGCAUUUGCUGAGGAGUGUUUUACUUCCAAUUAUGUGGUCGAUUUUAGAGUAAGUGCUGUGUGGUGCUGAGAAGGAUGUAAUUUCUGUUGGAUGGAGGGUGGAGAGUUCUGUAGAUGUCUAUUAGAUCUGCUUGGUCCAGAGCUGAGUUCACAUCCUGAAUAUCCUUGUUAAUUUUCUGUCUUGUUGAUCUGUCUAAUAUUGACAAUGCAGUGUUAAAGUCUGCCACUAUUAUUGUGUGAAAGUCUAAGUCUCUUUGUAGGUCUCUAAGAACUUGCUUUAUGAAUCUGGGUGCUCCUGUAUUGGAUGCAUAUAUAUUUAGGAUAGUUAUCUCUUCUUGUUGCAUUGAUCCCUUUACCAUUAUGUAAUGCCCUUCUUUGUCUCUUUUGAUCUUUGUUGGUUUAAAGUCUGUUUUAUCAGAGACUAGGAUUGCAACCCCUGCUUUAUUUGCUUUCCAUUUGCUUGGUAAAUAUUCCUCUAUCCCUUCAUUUUGAGCCUGUGUGUGUCUUUGCAUGUGAGAUGCAUCCUGAAUACAGCACACUGAUAAGUCUUGGCUCUUCAUCCAAUUUGCCAGUCUGUGUCUCUUAAUUGGGGGCAUUUAGCCUGUUUACAUUUAAGGUUAAUAUUGUUAUGUGUGAAUUUGAUCCUGUCAUUAUGAUGCUAGCUGGUUAUUUUGCCCAUCAGUUGAUGCAGUUUCUUCAUAGUGUUGAUGGUCUUUACAUUUUGGGUUUUUUUUGCAGUGGCUGGUACCAGUUUUUCCUUUCCAUAUUUAGUGCUUCCUUCAGGAGCUCUUGUAAGGCAGGCCUGGUGGUGACAAAAUCCCUCAGCAUUUGCUUGUCUGUAAAGGAUUUUAUUUCUCCUUCACUUAUGAAAUUCAUUUUGGCUGGAUAUGAAAUUCUGGGUUGAAAAUUCUUUUCUUUAAGAAUGUUGAAUAUUGUCCCCCACUCUCUUCUGGCCUGUAGGGUUUCUGCCAAGAGAUCCACUGUUAGUCUGAUGGGCUUCCCUUUGUCAGUAACCGACCUUUCUCUCUGGCUGCCCUUAACAUUUUUUCCCUCAUUUCAACCUUGGUUAAUCUGAUGAUUAUGUGUCUUGGAGUUGCUCUUCUCGAAGAGUAUCUUUGUGGUGUUCUCUGUAUUUCCUGAAUUUGAAUGUUGGCCUGUCUUGCUAGAUUGGUGAAGUUCCCCUGGUUAAUAUCCCGAAGAGUGUUUCCCAACUUGGUUCCAUUCUCCCCGUCACUUUCAGGUACACCAAUAAAAUGUAGGUUUGGUCUUUUCACAUAGUCCCAUAUUUCUUGGAGACUUUGUUCAUUCCUUUCUAUUCUUUUUUCUCUAAUCUUGUCUUCAUGCUUUAUUUCAUUAAGAUGAUCUCCAAUCUUUGGUAUCCUUUCUCCUGCUUGAUCAAUUCAGCUAUUAAUACUUGUGUAUGCUUCACAAAGUUCUCGUGCUGUGUUUUUCAGCUUCAUCAGGUCAUUUAUGUUCUUCUCUAAACUGGUUAUUCUAGUUAGCAAUUCCUCUAAACUUUUAUCAAGGUUCUUAGCUUCCUUGCAUUAGGUUAGAACAUGCUCCUUUAGCUCAAAGGAGUUUGUUAUUACCCAUCUUCUGAAGCCUACUUCUGUCAAUUCAUCAAACUCAUUAUCUAUCCAGUUUUGUUCCCUUGCUGGCAAGGAGUUUUGAUUUUUUGGAGGAGAAUAGGCAUUCUGGGUUUUUGAAUUUUCAGCCUUUUUGCACUGGUUUUUCCUCAUCUUCGUGGAUUUAUCUACCUUUGGUCUUUGCUGUUGGUGACCUUUGGAUGGAGUUUUUGCGUGGUCGUCCUUUUUGUUGAUGUUGAUGCUAUUGCUUUCUGUUUGUUAGUUUUCCUUCUAACAGUCAGGCCCCUCUUCUGCAGGUCUACUGGAGUUUGCUGGGGGUCCACUCCAGACCCUGUUUGCCUGGGUCUCACUGGCGGAGGCUGCAGAACAGCAAAGAUUGCUGCCUGCUCCUUCCUCUGGAAGCUACGUCCCAGAGGGGCACCCGCCAGAUGCCAGCUGAAGCUCUUCUGUAUGAACUGUCUGUCAACCCCUGCUGGGAGUUGUCUCUCUGUCAGAAGGCACAGGGGUCAGGGACUCACUUGAGUAGGCAGUCUAUCCCUUAGCAGAGCUCAAGCACUGUGCUGAGAGAUCCACUGCUCUCUUCAGAGCCAGCAGGCAGGAACGUUUAAGUCUGCUGAAGCUGUGCCCACAGCCGCCCCUUCUCCCAGGUGCUCUGUCCCAGGGAGAUCAGAGUUUUAUCUAUAAGCCCCUGAUUGGGGCUGCUGCCUUUCUUUCAGAGAUGCCCUGCCCAGAGAGGAGGAAUCUAGAGAGGCAGUCUGGCUAUAGUGGCUUUGCUGAGCUGUGUUGGGCUCCACCCAGUUUGAACUUCCUGACAGCUUUGUUUACACUGUGAGAGGCAAACCACCUAUUCAAGCCUCGGUAAUGGCAGACACCCCUCCCGUCACCAAGCUCGAGCAGCCCAGGUCGACUUCAGACUGCUGUGCUGGCAGUGAGAAUUUCAAUCUAGUGGAUCUGACAUUGCUGGGCUCUGUGAAGGUGUGAUCUGCUGAGCUAGACCACUUGGCUUCCUGGCUUCAGCCCCCUUUCCAGGGAGUGAACGGUUCUGUCUCACUGGCGUUCCAGGUGCCACUGGGGUACAAAAAAAAUUCCUGCAGCUAGCUCGGUGUCUGCCCAAAUGGCCAUCCAGCUUUGUGCUUGAAACUCAGGGCCCUGGUGGUGUAGGCACCCAAGGGAAUCUCCUGGUCUGUGGGCUGUGAAGACCAUGGGAAAAGCAUAGUGUCUGGGCCGGAGUGCACCAUCCCUCAAGGCACAGUCCCUCACGCUUCCCUUGGCUAGGGGAGGGAGUUCCUUGACCCCUUGUUCUUCCCCGGGUGAGGCAACGGCCCACCCUGCUUCUGCUCCCCCUCAAUGGGCUGCACCCACUGUCUAACCAGUCCCAAUGAGAUGAACUGGGUACCUCAGUUGGAAAUGCAGAAAUCACCCGUCUUCUGCAUUGAUCUCACUAGGAGCUGCAGACCAGGGCUGUUCUCUUUCAGCCAUCUUGCCUGGGAGCUGCAUUUUAUUUUUUUAAUUUUUGUAUUUUUUUGUUCAUUUAUAUUUAUGCUUUAAUCUUUUUCUUAUCUAUUAUAUAAGCAUUUUAUGUAAUUAAAUAUUUUAUCUGUAUAUUUUACAGAUAUAAUUGUAUCUGAAGAGUUACAUUUCCAAACCUGUGAUAAAUAACCUAUAAUUUGUUCAUUCUGGAACCAUUAGUGCUUUAUAAAUGUAAAUUUGUUUUACAAUGAUAGUUGAAUUUAUUUAAAUUAUUUCUAAAACCCAAGCAAUAAAUUCUCCUGUCUUGCUUAAAUGAAUAACUUGACAAUAUAUAUAACCACUUUCGAUAACAAUAUAAUGAAAUCUUUGCUUGUGUUUUUGAUAAACUAUAAGUUUUCUUAAGUGUUAUGGAAAUGUUUACAAGAUACCGAAUAACCAACAUCAGAUAUAGUAUAAAGGUUUUAAAAGUUUUAAAUGGACAUAGUUUGCUAAAAAUAUCAUAAUGUGGUUGUUUUUCAAGCUAUUAACGGGUUUUUAUUAAGAUUAUAUUUAGGAGCAGAUUAAUGAAUAUGAAAACGGAAGAUCAGAAUAAAACAAAAGAAGGGAUCAAGAGAAAAAUGGAAAAAGAACUAAACUAUUUCAACGCUGUCGUAGACAGAUCUAGUGCCGGCUUUACUCUCUAUUUCCCUAACACACCCCUUGUAGAAGAAGCUGACCACUGUGUACUGCAUCACCAAUUCUCUUCUUUGAUGCCUGGAUUCCAGCUGGGUUUGAUUAAUCCAACAGGAAGUAGCAGCAACAGAUUGAGGAUAGAAGGAAAGGGAGGUCAGACCCUCCUCCCCUGCUUUGGUACCAGAUCUAGUGGUGAAUGGAUCCUUGAGGCCCACAGGCUUUGCCUUCCUCCAGUUACACUCACCUGUUUCUUCCCCUUAAGGGGACUGACCCCAGGAACGUCUCCCCCGGCUGCAGGCCACACUCAACCUCCAGCAAUUCAUCAAAAUUACCAUUUAUGCAUUCCGUCCUACCAAUUUCUGGCUCUAGUGAUUUCUGCUCCAGUUUGACAGUCUCAUGGAUUCAGGAGUUCAGCCUACUUCCACAGACUGCUUGCUGAGCAACUUCUGGAUCGCAUAUAAUUAGAAAAAGGAUAAAUAUAAUUGAAUCAAUAUUGAGAGAAUGGGAAAUGGCCAAAGAUAAACUCCAUGAAUUAUAAGAAUUUUGGAACAGUCUUUUCUUCUACUUACACAAGAUGCUCAAAAAUAGACAGAAUGGCAUCUAUUACCAGUUAAAAAUGUUUCUCUAACAAUACUGGAAAGCAGGACAUACUAAAAUUCAGUAGUUACUGGUGGAGAAAAUAGUUUGUUUCAUGGGAACCGCUGCAGAAAUGACAAGCCUGGAGGCUUUGGGAGCACAGCCAACCAUCUGCAACUACAAACUCCCUGCUGAGUAACUAGCAGGAAACAAAGAAAUGGAAAACAGCAAAGAAAUCACCACGUGAGCAGAAGAUAUUUUGGCAGGCUAGCUGAACUGAGACCAAAUUCUCCUUGGAAAUCAGUAUAAAAGAGAACUAUUCACAAUGAAUAUGAAAUUAAAAGCAUGAUGUAGUAGUGACCCAAAAGGAAUGUGAAUUCUCCUCCAGAACAUGCAGAGACCCACGGAUGAACUGUGUUUCUAGAUUUUUCCUCCAGCUUUCCUGAGAGAAUAAUGACAAGAAAAAAAAAGCUUCUACAUGUUCAGUACAAACCCAGCCAUCCUUUUUUUCUGAGCAUUAUCUACCGCCAGUUGGUCGAAUCCACAAGUGCAGAACCCACAAAUACAAAUGGUUGACUAUAGUUUUUGAGCUGUGCUAACAUGAAAGAGUAUAAAUAAUUACAUUGUACCCGCACUACCAAACUGAAACUGUCAUAUCUGAAGAAACAGGUCAAAAUGAGCAAGAGAUGCAUGAGCGUGGGUCAGCAAACGUGGGCUCUUCUCUACAAGAACUGUCUCAAAAAAUGGAGGAUGAAAAGACAGACCUUGUUGGAAUGGCUCUUUUCAUUUCUUCUGGUACUGUUUCUGUACCUAUUUUUCUCCAAUUUACAUCAAGUUCAUGACACUCCUCAAAUGUCUUCAAUGGAUCUGGAACGUGUAGAUAGUUUUAAUGAUACUAAUUAUGUUAUUGCAUUUGCACCUGAAUCCAAAACUACCCAAGAGAUAAUGAACAAAGUGGCUUCAGCCCCAUUCCUAAAAGGAAGAACAAUCAUGGGGUGGCCUGAUGAAAAAAGCAUGGAUGAAUUGGAUUUGAACUAUUCAAUAGAUGCAGUGAGAGUCAUCUUUACUGAUACCUUCUCCUACCAUUUGAAGUUUUCUUGGGGACAUAGAAUCCCCAUGAUGAAAGAGCACAGAGACCAUUCAGCUCACUGUCAAGCAAUGAAUGAAAAAAUGAAGUGUGAAGGUUCAGAGUUCUGGGAGAAAGGCUUUGUAGCUUUUCAAGCUGCCAUUAAUGCUGCCAUCAUAGAAAUCGCAACAAAUCAUUCAGUGAUGGAACAGCUGAUGUCAGUUACUGGUGUACAUAUGAAGAUAUUACCUUUUGUUGCCCAAGGAGGAGUUGCAACUGAUUUUUUCAUUUUCUUUUGCAUUAUUUCUUUUUCUACAUUUAUAUACUAUGUAUCAGUCAAUGUUACACAAGAAAGACAAUACAUUACGUCAUUGAUGACAAUGAUGGGACUCCGAGAGUCAGCAUUCUGGCUUUCCUGGGGUUUGAUGUAUGCUGGCUUCAUCCUUAUCAUGGCCACUUUAAUGGCUCUUAUUGUAAAAUCUGCACAAAUUGUCGUCCUGACUGGUUUUGUGAUGGUCUUCACCCUCUUUCUCCUCUAUGGCCUGUCUUUGAUAACUUUAGCUUUCCUGAUGAGUGUGUUGAUAAAGAAACCUUUCCUUACGGGCUUGGUUGUGUUUCUCCUUAUUGCCUUUUGGGGGAUCCUGGGAUUCCCAGCAUUGUAUACACAUCUUCCUGCAUUUUUGGAAUGGACUUUGUGUCUUCUUAGCCCCUUUGCCUUCACUGUUGGGAUGGCCCAGCUUAUACAUUUGGACUAUGAUGUGAAUUCUAAUGCCCACUUGGAUUCUUCACAAAAUCCAUACCUCAUAAUAGCUACUCUUUUCAUGUUGGUUUUUGACACCCUUCUGUAUUUGGUAUUGACAUUAUAUUUUGACAAAAUUUUGCCCACUGAAUAUGGACAUCGAUGUUCUCCCUUGUUUUUCCUGAAACCCUGUUUUUGGUUUCAACACGGAAGGGCUAAUCAUGUGGUCCUUGAGAAUGAAACAGAUUCUGAUCCUACACCUAAUGACUGUUUUGAACCAGUGUCUCCAGAAUUCUGUGGGAAAGAAGCCAUCAGAAUCAAAAAUCUUAAAAAAGAAUAUGCAGGGAAGUGUGAGAAAGUAGAAGCUUUGAAAGGUGUGGUGUUUGACAUAUAUGAAGGCCAGAUCACUGCCCUCCUUGGUCACAGUGGAGCUGGAAAAACUACCCUGUUAAACAUACUUAGUGGGCUGUCAGUUCCAACAUCAGGUUCAGUCACUGUCUAUAAUCACACACUUUCAAGAAUGGCUGAUAAAGAAAAUAUCAGCAAGUUCACUGGAUUUUGUCCACAAUCCAAUGUGCAAUUUGGAUUUCUCACUGUGAAAGAAAACCUGAGGCUGUUUGCUAAAAUAAAAGGGAUUUUGCCACAUGAAGUGGAGAAAGAGGUACAACGAGUUGUACGGGACUUAGAAAUGGAAAAUAUUCAAGACAUCCUUGCUCAAAACUUAAGUGGUGGACAAAAUAGGAAACUAACUUUUGGGAUUGCCAUUUUAGGAGAUCCUCAAGUUUUGCUAUUGGAUGAACCGACUGCUGGAUUGGAUCCUCUUUCAAGGCACCGAAUAUGGAAUCUCCUGAAAGAGGGGAAAUCAGACAGAGUAAUUCUCUUCAGCACCCAGUUUAUAGAUGAGGCUGACAUUCUGGCAGACAGGAAGGUGUUCAUAUCCAGUGGGAAGCUGAAGUGUGCAGGCUCUUCUCUGUUCCUUAAGAAGAAAUGGGGCAUAGGCUACCAUUUAAGUUUGCAUCUGAAUGAAAGGUGUGAUCCAGAGAGUAUAACAUCACUGGUUAAGCAGCACAUCUCUGAUGCCAAAUUGACAGCACAAAGUGAAGAAAAACUUGUAUAUAUUUUGCCUUUGGAAAGGACAAACAAAUUUCCAGAACUUUACAGGGAUCUUGAUAGAUGUUCUAACCAAGGCAUUGAGGAUUAUGGUGUUUCCAUAACAACUUUGAAUGAGGUGUUUCUGAAAUUAGAAGGAAAAUCAACUAUUGAUGAAUCAGAUAUUGGAAUUUGGGGACAAUUACAAACUGAUGGGGCAAAAGAUAUAGGAAGCCUUGUUGAGCUGGAACAAGUUUUGUCUUCCUUCCAUGAAACAAGGAAAACAAUCAGUGGCAUGGCGCUCUGGAGGCAGCAGGUCUGUGCAAUAGCAAAAGUUCGCUUCCUAAAGUUAAAGAAAGAAAGAAAAAGCCUGUUGACUAUAUUAUUGCUUUUUGGUAUUAGCUUUAUCCCUCAACUUUUGGAACAUCUAUUCUACGAGUCAUAUCAGAAAAGUUACCCAUGGGAACUGUCUCCAAAUACAUACUUCCUCUCACCAGGACAACAACCACAGGAUCCUCUGACCCAUUUACUGGUCAUCAAUAAGACAGGGUCAACCAUUGAUAACUUUUUACAUUCACUGAGGCGACAGAACAUAGCUAUAGAAGUGGAUGCCUUUGGAACUAGAAAUGGCACAGAUGACCCAUCUUACAAUGGUGCUAUCAUUGUGUCAGGUGAUGAAAAGGAUCACAGAUUUUCAAUAGCAUGUAAUACAAAACGGCUGAAUUGCUUUCCUGUCCUCCUGGAUGUCAUUAGCAAUGGACUACUUGGAAUUUUUAAUUCGUCAGAACACAUUCAGACUGACAGAAGCACAUUUUUUGAAGAGCAUAUGGAUUAUGAGUAUGGGUACCGAAGUAACACCUUCUUCUGGAUACCGAUGGCAGCCUCUUUCACUCCAUACAUUGCAAUGAGCAGCAUCGGUGACUACAAAAAAAAAGCUCAUUCCCAGCUACGGAUUUCAGGCCUCUACCCUUCUGCAUACUGGUUUGGCCAAGCACUGGUGGAUGUUUCCCUGUACUUUUUGAUCCUCCUGCUAAUGCAAAUAAUGGAUUAUAUUUUUAGCCCAGAGGAGAUUGUAUUUAUAAUUCCAAACCUGUUAAUUCAAAUCCUGUGUAGUAUUGGCUAUGUCUCAUCUCUUGUUUUCUUGACAUAUGUGAUUUCAUUCAUUUUUCGCAAUGGGAGAAAAAAUAGUGGCAUUUGGUCAUUUUUCUUCUUAAUUGUGGUCAUCUUCUCGAUAGUUGCUACUGAUCUAAAUGAAUAUGGAUUUCUAGGGCUAUUUUUUGGCACCAUGUUAAUACCUCCCUUCACAUUGAUUGGCUCUCUAUUCAUUUUUUCUGAGAUUUCUCCUGAUUCCAUGGAUUACUUAGGAGCUUCAGAAUCUGAAAUUGUAUACCUGGCACUGCUAAUACCUUACCUUCAUUUUCUCAUUUUUCUUUUCAUUCUGCGAUGCCUAGAAAUGAACUGCAGGAAGAAAUUAAUGAGAAAGGAUCCUGUGUUCAGAAUUUCUCCAAGAAGCAACGCUAUUUUUCCAAACCCAGAAGAGCCUGAAGGAGAGGAGGAAGAUACCCAGAUGGAAAGAAUGAGAACAGUGAAUGCUAUGGCUGUGCGAGACUUUGAUGAGACACCCGUCAUCAUUGCCAGCUGUCUACGGAAGGAAUAUGCAGGCAAAAAGAAAAAUUGCUUUUCUAAAAGGAAGAAAAAAAUUGCCACAAGAAAUGUCUCUUUUUGUGUUAAAAAAGGCGAAGUUAUAGGACUGUUAGGACACAAUGGAGCUGGUAAAAGUACAACUAUUAAGAUGAUAACUGGAGACACAAAACCAACUGCAGGACAGGUGAUUUUGAAAGGGAGCGGCGGAGGGGAACCCCUGGGCUUCCUGGGGUACUGCCCUCAGGAGAAUGCGCUGUGGCCCAACCUGACAGUGAGGCAGCACCUGGAGGUGUACGCUGCCGUGAAAGGGCUCAGGAAAGGGGACGCAAUGAUCGCCAUCAAACGGUUAGUGGAUGCGCUCAAGCUGCAGGACCAGCUGAAGGCUCCCGUGAAGACCUUGUCAGAGGGAAUAAAGCGAAAGCUGUGCUUCGUGCUGAGCAUCCUGGGGAACCCAUCAGUGGUGCUUCUGGAUGAGCCGUCGACUGGGAUGGACCCCGAGGGGCAGCAGCAAAUGUGGCAGGUGAUUCGGGCCACCUUUAGAAACACGGAGAGGGGCGCCCUCCUGACCACACACUACAUGGCAGAGGCUGAGGCGGUGUGUGACCGAGUGGCCAUCAUGGUGUCAGGAAGGCUGAGAUGUAUUGGUUCCAUCCAACACCUGAAAAGCAAAUUUGGCAAAGACUACCUGCUGGAGAUGAAGGUGAAGAACCUGGCACAAAUGGAGCCCCUCCAUGCAGAGAUCCUGAGGCUUUUCCCCCAGGCUGCUCGGCAGGAAAGGUUCUCCUCCCUGAUGGUCUAUAAGUUGCCUGUUGAGGAUGUGCGACCUUUAUCACAGGCUUUCUUCAAAUUAGAGAUAGUUAAACAGAGUUUUGACCUGGAGGAGUACAGCCUCUCCCAGUCUACCCUGGAGCAGGUUUUCCUGGAGCUCUCCAAGGAGCAGGAGCUGGGUGAUCUUGAAGAGGACUUUGAUCCCUCAGUGAAGUGGAAGCUCCUCCUGCAGGAAGAGCCUUAAAGCUCCAAAUACCCUAUGUCUUUCUUUAAUCCUGUGACUCUUUUAAAGAUAAUAUUUUAUAGCCUUAAUAUGCCUUAUAUCAGAGGUGGUACAAAAUGCAUUUGAAACUCAUGCAAUAAUUAUCCUCAAUAGUAUUUCUUACAGUGAGACAACAGGGGAUGUCAGUGAGGGCGAUCGUAGGGCAUAAGGCUAAGCCAUACCAUGCAGCCUUUGUGCCAGCAACCAAAUCCCAUGUUUCCUACUGUGUUAAGUUUAAAAAUGCAUUUAUUAUAGAAUUGUCUACAUUUCUGAGGAUGUCAUGGAGAAUGCUUAAUUUUCUUUCUCUGAACUUCAAAAUAUUAAAUAUUUUCUUAUUUUUUUGAUUAAAGUAUAAAUUAAGACAUCCUAUUGACUUCCGGGUAAGGGGAGUCAAUUGAUUACCCAGCAGCACAGUAUUUGCUUUUUAUAAUUCCCUUUUUAAAUACUUGUUCUUAAUUCACUGGUUUUCCUUUUCUGUCAGUCAUUUUUCAGAGUUUAGAUUGUGAGUCCAUGUUUUGUCUGUUGUGCCUAUAAAGGAAAUUUGAAAUCUGUAUCAUUUUACUAUAAAGACACACGCACACAUAUGUUUAUUGCAGCACUGUUUACAAUAGCAAAGACUUGGAACCAACCAAAAUACCCACCAAUGAUAGACCGGAUAAAGAAAACGUGACACAUAUACACCAUGGAAUACUAUGCAGCCAUAGAAAAGGAUGAGUUCAUGUUCUUCACAGGGACAUGGAUGAAGCUGGAAACCAUCAUCCUCAGCAAACUAACACAGGAACAGAAAACCAAACACCGCAUGUUCUCACUCAUAAGUGGGAAUUGAACAAUGAGAAUACAUGGACACAGGGAGGGGAACACCACACCCUGGGGCCUGUUGGGGGGAUGGGGGCUAGGGGAGGGAUAGCAUUAGGAGAAAUACCUGAUGUAGAUGAUGGGUUGAUGGGUGCAGGAAAGUACCACGGCACAUGUAUACCUGUGUAACAAACCUGCACAUUCAGCACAUGUAUCCCAGAACUUAAAGUAUAAUAAAAAUAAAUAAAUAAAUAAUUUCAGUAAGAACCUGAAUGAUCAAGUUGAACAUGUAUAUAUAUGUUAUAUACAAGUUUGAAACAUAUUUCUGUUUUUAUAUGUUUUCUUAUGAUGCAAGGGUAUACUCUUAUGCAAAUAAUUAAAACUUCAUAGGUCUUGAUUUCCCAUAUCUCUAUAUAUUAUAAUGACCUAUCCAACUGGUAACCCUAUGAACACCUUAAAAUAAACUUGUAUACUCUUA